GAAGUGGAGGCCCAGAAAGAUGAAACCAUCUUCCUAAGCUGUAAUAGGACCAUUCAUUCACUGAAUCUGUUUAAUAAUGACAUGAUGGCCACUGAAACUAAUGGCGCAGUCAAGUUUUCACAACUCUGCAAAUUUUGUGACGUGCGAUCUUCCACCUGUGACAACCAGAAAUCCUGCAUGAGCAACUGCAGCAUCACAUCCAUCUGUGAGAAGUCACGUGAAGUCUGCGUGGCCGUAUGGCGGAAGAAUGACGAAAACAUAACACUAGAGACGGUUUGCCAUGACCCUGAGCUCCCCUACCAUGGAUUUAUUCUGGAAGAUGCUGCUUCAUCAAAGUGUAUUAUGAAGGAAAAAAAAGUGCUUGGCGAGACAUUCUUUAUGUGCUCCUGUAGUGCUGAUGAAUGUAACGAUCACAUCAUCUUCUCGGAAGAAUAUGCGGCCAGCAGUCCUGACUUGUGGUUAGUCAUAUUCCAAGUGACGGGUGUCAGUCUUCUGCCACCUCUGGGAAUCGCCAUAGCUGUCAUCAUUAUCUUCUACUGCUACCGCGUUCACCGGCAGCAGAAGCUGAACCCAUCCUGGGAGAGCAGCAAGCCAAGAAAGCUCAUGGAGUUCAGUGAACACUGUGCCAUCAUUCUGGAAGACGACCGCUCUGACAUCAGCUCCACAUGUGCCAAUAACAUCAACCACAACACGGAGCUCCUGCCCAUCGAGCUGGACACACUGGUGGGCAAAGGCCGCUUCGCCGAGGUUUACAAGGCCAAACUGAAGCAGAACACCUCAGAGCAGUUUGAGACCGUGGCAGUCAAGAUCUUCCCCUAUGAGGAGUACGCCUCUUGGAAAACAGAGAAAGACAUCUUCUCAGACAUCAACCUGAAGCAUGAGAAUAUCCUCCAAUUCCUCACAGCUGAGGAGCGGAAGACAGAGUUGGGGAAACAGUAUUGGCUGAUCACUGCCUUCCACGCGAAGGGCAACCUUCAGGAGUACCUCACCCGGCAUGUCAUAAGCUGGGAGGACCUGCGCAAGCUGGGCAGCUCCCUUGCCCAGGGCAUUGCCCACCUCCAUAGUGACCACACGCCAUGUGGGAGACCUAAAAUGCCCAUCGUGCACAGAGAUCUCAAGAGCUCCAACAUCCUCGUGAAGAAUGACCUGACCUGCUGCCUGUGUGACUUUGGGCUUUCCCUGCGUCUGGACCCUACUCUGUCUGUGGAUGACCUGGCUAACAGUGGACAGGUGGGAACUGCAAGAUACAUGGCCCCAGAAGUCCUGGAAUCCAGGAUGAACUUGGAGAAUGUUGAGUCCUUCAAGCAGACCGAUGUCUACUCUAUGGCUUUGGUGCUCUGGGAAAUGACAUCUCGCUGUAAUGCUGUGGGAGAAGUAAAAGAUUAUGAGCCUCCAUUUGGUUCCAAGGUGCGCGAGCAUCCUUGUGUAGAGAGCAUGAAGGACAAUGUGUUAAGAGACAGAGGACGACCAGACAUUCCCAGCUUCUGGCUCAACCACCAGGGCAUCCAGAUGGUGUGUGAGACACUGACUGAGUGCUGGGAUCACGACCCAGAGGCGCGUCUCACGGCCCAGUGUGUGGCAGAACGCUUUAGUGAGCUGGAGCACCUGGACAGACUCUCCAGGAGGAGCUGCUCCGAGGAGAAGAUUCCCGAAGAUGGCUCUCUGAACACUACCAAAUAGCUCCUUGGGGCAGAUGAGGCCCAGUCCAAAGAGGCCACCCCUCUCACCAAAGAACAGAGGCAGCAGGAAGCUUCCCCUGAACUGAUGCUUCCUGGAAAACCAAGGGUCACUUCCUCCCUGUGAUCUGUGUGAUCACAUUCUAUGCCUUUGACGGAUAAGCUGUGUUAGCACUUCCUCAGGAAAUGAGAUUGAUUUUUACAAUAGCCAAUAACAUUUGCACUUUAUUAAUGCCUGUAUAUAAGUAUGGAAUAGCUAUGUUUUAUAUAUAUAUAUAUCUAUAUAUA